GUGAUUUCUCCCUAGAAAUAUACCCCGUUAUGCUAGACGAUGAUGCUCGUUACGAAUGUCAGGUGUCACCUGGAGCAUUGGGUCAGCCAGGCAUACGAAGUCAUUUUGCUAAACUGACAGUACUGGUACCACCGGAUCCCCCAAAAAUUAUUCAAGGGGACUAUUUGGUGACAACUGAAGACAGAGAAAUUGAACUGGAAUGCGUGAGUUAUGGAGGAAAACCUGCAGCAGAGAUCACUUGGAUAGAUGGUUUAGGUAACGUGUUGACAGAUGGCAUCGAAAACAUCGUAGAGAAACUCCCGGACGGCAGGAGAUUCACUGCGAAAUCCAUUUUGAAAUUAACUCCCAGGAAAGUACACCACAACACAACGUUCACGUGCCAGGCUCAGAACACGGCGGAAAGGACGCAUAGGUCGGCCAAAUUAAAAUUGGAGGUCAAAUACGCUCCUAAAGUAACAGUCACCGUCUUGUCGGGAAUGAGUGCCAAUGGACGAAUUCCUGAAGGUUCAGAAGUACGGUUAGGCUGCCGAUCCGAUGCCAAUCCUUCUGAAGUCACAUAUAGGUGGUCCAUGAACGAUGACCCCCUUAUAGGUGACUACACAACCGAAUUAGUCCUCCAUAACGUGACUAGGAAACAUCAUGAUGCCAUUGUCAAAUGUGAGGUUCAAAAUGCUGUUGGGAAGAGUGAAGAGAGUCAAACACUGGAUAUCAGUUAUGGUCCACAGUUUCGUACAAGGCCCCGCUCUAUCCAAGCUGACCUCGGCUCAAGCGUAAUAUUAACCUGCGAUGUUGAUGGUAAUCCAUUUCCCGAUAUUUCUUGGUAUCACGAAGAUCAAAAGAAGAUUGUCAGUACGAGUCCCAAUUUGACGCUGAGGAUAGACCAUAAUUCUGCGGGGAAGUAUUAUUGUAAAGCGAGAGUGCCUGGUUUUCCGGAAAUAGGCACUGAGGCAGCAAUUUACUUGAAAGGUCCUCCCUCCAUAAUCAGUCACCGCACCCAGUUCGGUAUCGAGGGUGACAACGUUCGAGUGGAAUGCACGGCAUUCUCGAUUCCAGCUCCGGAGCGAGUCGUCUGGACGUUCAACGGGCACGAGGUCGACUUGCACGACCAGGACUACUCCAUCCUGGAGGACCCUCUGCCGGAGGGCAUCAAAUCCACAUUAAUCAUUCGAGAGUCCCAAGAAAGACACUUCGGAAUGUAUAAUUGUAGUGUCUCUAAUCCGUAUGGGAGCGACGUAGUUGAGAUCAGUCUAAUGCCACAAA